AUGAUGGACGAAACGAGUGGAGGCUAUAGUGAUGAUCCAAGGACUUGUCCUCGAGGACAUUGGAGACCUUCUGAAGAUGAAAAACUCCUGCAGCUCGUGGAGCAAUAUGGGCCUCAAAACUGGAAUUCGAUUGCUGAAAAACUUCAAGGAAGAUCAGGCAAGAGUUGCAGAUUGAGAUGGUUUAAUCAGCUUGAUCCAAGAAUAAACAGGAGACCAUUUACAGAAGAAGAAGAGGUCAGGCUUCUUGCAGCACAUAGAGUACAUGGCAAUAAAUGGGCUCUUAUAUCCCGGCUUUUUCCAGGUAGAACUGACAAUGCUGUGAAAAAUCAUUGGCAUGUUAUUAUGGCCAGAAAACAAAGAGAACAAUCCAAGCUUUCUGAUCAAGUCUUCUCCGUGUCAUCGUCCUUUGAUUCACACGCCUUAUGGCCGUUCUUGAUUCCAAGAAGUUCGAGGGAAAGUAACUCAUCUUCUGCUGCUGAUUUAUUUAUUAAAAAAGGCAGUACUCAAUUCAAUUCCAGCUCCAAUGGUGCACAUUUAAAUUCGUCGAUAUUUGGUGCCUUUGGGGAUUCAGUUGUAGCAUUUGGCACCCAAAACUACAAGAGGGUUGUUCCAUAUCCCUUUGCUGAUGGCAGUAGAAAACAUGGGAAAAUGAAUAGAGAUAAUUCAAUGAGUAUUAAUGCCGAUAAUUUACGCCCAUUUUCUAAUGCAAGGACAAGUAUAGUGCUGAAACAAGAAGACCAAUCCAUCCACAAAAAGGACAUUCCCUUCAUAGAUUUUCUUGGUGUAGUUGCAAGAUCCAAUACCUCAAAUUUCUUUAAAGACAAGUCGGACGGAAAAGCAAAUCUGUUAAACAUAAAGAAACCUUCAGUGGACGAACAAAACCAGCAGAAGGGGAAAAUGGAUAUGCUGAGAAAAUUUAGAAGUUAA